GAUAUUUCGAUCUGCCCUACAGCCAACGGCAGUUGUCGAUUUCCAUCUGAGACCAUCUGCAUCUGACACUCGGUCGCAAUUUUAUUUUUCUCUGUAUCACAAUAUCCCUGAUAAAAAUAACGGACUGAGAUUUCGGAUCUGGAUCUGGCUUCAGCGCAAACCCAAGUCUCAGAUGAGAUGCCCUUCAAAUUCGCUUCGCUUCAGCUCGACACGCAGACGAGGCAGCUUUGGGGUAACAGAUGUUACAUAUCUGUUACCGACUUGUUUGAUAGGGCAAUAAGCACUAUCCAGUUAUCAACUCCACGCAUCAGAUGCUGUUUCUUUCAAUGUCUCAUUCAAAUCUGAAGAAUAUUUCUCAAACAUGUCUGAUGGUACGGUAUCAUCAACUAAUUAUUUGUAUUUUUCCUUGAUUUAUGUUAACUCAAUUCAUGCCCACCCUCAGGUCUCAAGACCUUGGGCACUCAACUUGGCCAACAAAACCUUACCUGCUCAUGAAACCUCGAAUAUUUAUAAAGUCUUAGCCCAGGCCUUUUUCGCAAUGUCGACGUGACGGGCAAAAGUUUGUCUCAAUUGCCGACCAUUGCCACUCAGGUUUAUCCUUUACAAUGGAAACGCAUGGGAGCUUCAAUAUGGACUAUGGAGCACGACUUCAUACUCCUAUGGAACAACCUUUCCUGGUUUUCCUUUGCUCACUCAGCUUAUCAGCCCGCGGGCUCAGUUCUGCGUUUUCGAGUAUUUCGCAAAUGAAAAAUUUUCACUCAUGUCGUCAGUCAGAGUCAGCCUCGUCGAGUCCAUGUCAGCAUCUUUCAAGCGAUAGAUCAGAUCCAGUUGCACGACUUGCACGGCUUGCACCUCGAUUCCUGCUACGCAAGGUCCCUUUACCAUAUCGAGCGGGAUACAUGGUUACACAAGCCGUAUCUGUUUGAUAAUGAAUAGUUCGCCCGUCCACUAUAGAUAUCUCUGCGAUCCGCUCCGCUCCUCCUCUUCCGUGCCGUCCCCCCACACUGUUCCUGUUUCUUUAUGCACUUCAGAAGCAGGCAGUGCUCGAUAACCAAUCAUGACAAGCAAUGCUUACCCCAGACGCCCGUUGUUGAAAGGUUUUCACAUCAUUCUUCAGGGACCCUGGCCCUGGGGAUGUUUUCCGUCUUCUCUUUGGCUGAUCCGGGUUUAUCUAUCGUAUGCGUCUGCCUUGCCAGCAAUCAACUCAUUUCGAACGAGGCACCCGCAGCCACGUUGAUGAUAGUAAAGCCAACCGGGCGGUAUUCAGCUCAUAUGCGAACAUGAUCGACGUCAGAACGAGGGAGCCAACUGCAGAAUGGGAAAAUUUUUCACUGUCAUUGAGGGGGUUGUGAGAUAUGGGGGUGGUUGUUGUUUGUGUACUUGCCAAGCUCUCUUGAUUUAUAUAUCAGACAUCGUUUCCGCGUGCCCUCAGCCGACAUUAUAAUACAUCAACAUCUCUCAAACUCAAUGGUUCCUGGCAUGCCCCUAUUCCGUGCACUUCAAAAUGGCAGACUUUCAAGGACUCGGGGCCAAGUUUGACGGCUUCCAGAGCUCGACAAGUGGUAGCUCAUCAAGUCCAUUUGUAGCUUCUGAUACAUCUUCACAUACGUCCAUAUCUCUCGCUUCCAAUGGCUGCUUGCCACCUCUUUCUACUCAUGAUACAACAAAGUCGCAGCAUCACAUGAACAACUUCCAGCAAUUUGUCGACGAUCUUCAAUCGGCUGCCAAGCGAGCGUUCCCUAACUCUGCGUACUCUCGAUACAGCGAAGUUCAAGUACUCCUGAUAAGAUGGGAAGAAGACGAGCUCGAAGUUGAAUGGGAGCUCAGCGAGCUACAAAGGGUCUUCCACCGUUUAUACGGCUUCACAACAGACAAGUUCCUCAUUCCAACCCAAAACUCUCAUCGCAAGCUCAAUCACAAAGUAUUGAGCUUUGUGGAGGAACAUGAGAAUGAAGAUACCCUUCUUAUCGUCUACUACGGCGGACAUGGGGUCAUCAACAAAGCCAGACAAUCAACUUGGUCUUGGUAUGAGCAGUGUUCUCCCCAUCUAACUCAAGCUGACUCGGCGUCUCAAUAGUAAGGGUGACAAAAGCUACGCGACUGUGGAAUGGUCUGCUAUCCAGACUCUUUUUGAAAUGGUCAAAUGCGAUGUUCUUCUUCUCCUCGACUGCUGUGCUGGUGCAAGUGCCGCUCCUCUGACUGAAAGGCCGACAAACAUCAAAGAGACCAUCGCGGCCUGUGGGUUUGAGACAUGGACACCUCGUCCAGGCGCACAAUCAUUUACCCAUACACUGAUCGAGGUCUUGAAGGAGUGGGCCUCACAGCUCCCUUUCUCGGCCGCGAUGCUACAUAGCGAGAUAUUGACUCGACUCAAACACGCUCAGCCUGAUCGGUCUUCACAAGGAAGGUUGAUCGAGUCAAGGAAGACGCCUGCUUACAUUCUCUCAACAUCUGAUCCACAUGCUGCUUCCAUCACCUUGGGCAGAAUGUUUGAAGAAGAGUCUAGCUCGGUGUCGUCAUCUCGGGCAAUACCUGAGUCAGAUCUCAGGAGUCUCUCGGAGAGAGUGCAGUCAGAUAGUUAUAUCUCGGCUGAAGAUCGUAUCCAGGCCUUGUUGGCUGUAGGUGCAAAAGGACAACGAGCGGCCCCGCAUGUUAUUCUCACAAUUGCACUGGAAGAAGAACAAGUCUUCGAUGCAGCGAGUUGCGCUCGAUGGCUAAAGCAGUUUCCACUCUUGGCAACUCAUGUAAGUGUGGAGUCUGUCUACCACAGUUACUCAACCCUGCUCCUACUUUCUGUGCCGGUCGUUCUUUGGGAUCUACUACCAGAACAUCCGGCGACUCAGUUUGUGGGCUACGUCAAGUCCCGUAACCUCUUGUCGGUAGAUAUGGCAAAGGAUGGAGCGGCUACGCCAAUCCCCAUUGCCAGACAAGUGACGGAUGACAAGCCUGGCGAUUCCUUUGAUUGCGCUUCUCCGCUAAGAUCAGUAUCAGGCCUCAGUAGCUUAGAUUCUGGAUACGAUUCCUGUCUCUCACGACCUGCGAGCUUAGGUGUGGCAUUGAGGCAUAAUCGACUACCCAUGGAUGGGACAAUGGGCUCCGUGGCUAGCCAGGCACUAGCAAGCAAGAGAAGAAACAAGUUGUCAUCAGCAGAGCUUCUGGGUCCAGACCGGCCAACUUCUACGCCAGUAAACACUCGUUUCAAUCCCAAACAGGGGUCGAGUUUGAAGAGCCGCAGAUCAAAACGUCUGGUCGUGUCAGUUGGCGAAGCGGAGCUGAACAACGACAAAAUCGGCCACACUUGUGUUCUCUGGUAUGGAUAUGAUGUUCAGCAAAGCCAACCUACCAAGAGAACAACACCAAAACCAAUAUGGUAAGUAAGAUGUCAUGUCGACCAGGUUCGGUGGAUGUGGCUCUCCAUCUAUGUGUUGUCAUUUCUGCUGGCGCAAGUUGAAAUCUAUACUACGACCCAUACUUUCACUGAGGUUUGAGUGUGAAAUUGUCGCUGAGAUUGGUCUAGGAACGAGGACUUUCGGUUUGAAGUACAUGAUUCGCCGAUGUACUACCAUUUGAGGGUUUCUGUGUGGGGAGCGCAGAUGCUUGAGCUUAUUGGCGAGCUGCAUGUUGAUCUCUGUGAGCUUGUAUUAAGGGGACAGCUACCAGAGCUUAGAACAUGGCAAAGCCUGAGUUGCAAUGGCGCGGUGGUCGGGAGAAUUCGAAUUAAGCUGGCAUGCAUGGAUGCCAACGACUACGAGGAACAACAAACCACGGCAGCCAAGGUUUCAGCAGCGAAACGGCAACAACAGCGGCAGAAGUUGGAACGACAACAGAGUGAUGACGGGCAAGCUCGGGUUCACCAGAUGGACUUCCAGGUUUGGUAAAGGAGCAUUGGUCUCGGUAUCAGGAGAAGUCAGGGAACGGCGAGUCGGGUCGGUUUGUUUGAAUCCGGUAAACUUUUGACGAGGAUCAUAGCAAGCAUGGCAUGGCACUCAUCCUGCAGGUAAGUAUAUUACUCGUGCUGAGUACAUUCAAAAGGGAGUGAGGAAGACAGCGGAGACCACUGAAGUGAUCGAAUGUGACAAGAGAAACCCCUGUCUAGUGACGGGGACGGUACUUGGCAGUCUCCCCACGCGAGGUAAAAUUCCAAUUCUUUUCCAUCUUAUCAGAUCGUGGCUUGCUGUCCGACUCUGACCCAUCGAGCUGGGUCAGGGCUGAAGAUGGCGUCUUAUUUUCCACAGUGGGACAAGUCCCAACGCCAACAAAAUUCAAGAAAAGCAAUUUCAUUUCCAUCCCCUGAUCGAACAAGUUUUUAGAACAACGUGAUAUCAGGUUUGUCGGUGAAAGGGAACCUAUCCCUGAAGAUGCUGCCAUGGCUGAGAAUAUGGAAUCAAAGGGAGGUCAAUGUUGGCACAGACCAGCUCACUCAGCAGGGAGUAGGGUUGUCUGACUGUGUCCUCUGUGUGCUAUACACGUGAAUACCACAAGGUUUUGAUAUGCAGCAUGAGAUGGAUGCGUCAAAGAGCCAGCGAAGCAACCCAACAACAAUAGGCGGUGGGUACGUUGGGCAUUAUCAUCAGAGUGCAUCCCGUAUAAUUAAGGAAUGGCCAAGCUGUUCUGUUCUAUUCUGCUCGACUAGUUCCGAGAUCGGUGAG